GAUCGUCAUAAUGGUACACUCUAUGGAGGUCAAGAAAAACAAGUAUAUAGAGCAGUGGGCUUCUUAUAGAGAGAACUCGGAAUAUUUCUACAAGUGGACCCCCAAACGUAUAGUAGGAAUAGGCCUCUUAGUAGGAGUAAUUCCUUAUUAUCUGUAUCGCUACAUUGUGUAUACAGUUGAAAAUCAAUAUCCACAAUAUGGAGCUGCAGAAUAUGGUUUGUUGGGAGGCUCUCCACCACAAUAUUCAAAGCAGGAAGAGACAGAAAAGUAGCCUCAACAAAGCUAUACAACAGAAAUUGACCUUUAGCCAAUGCCAUCUUACGGUUCAUAAAGUCGUUUACUGUUAUGUUAAUCAACUCUACCAUUUGAUAUUAUUUGAGC